UCCAAAGUAACAAAAAAAAUCGAACACUUGAUUCACACUGAUCAUGGGAAACACACCGCAAAAGCUAGGAAAAAAUCAUUCAGAAAAAAACCAAGAACACGAAUUACAAGUGACAGAAUUACCAAAUGAACCUCAAAAUCUCACCUGCGAAAUUUGUAUCGAGCCUAUAUUGCUACCCAACACAAAUUUCAAGAACCAAAAUCUCUGUGUUCAUCCAUUCUGUACCGACUGUAUCAUUAAGUAUAUCACUAUCAAGCUUGAGGACAACAUCGGCAACAUUCCAUGUCCCUCUCUGAAUUGUAACCAGCUUUUGGACCCCAUAUCCUGUCGGAAUCUCGUUGAUCCCCAGCUGUUUGUUAAAUGGUGUGACGUGUUGUGUGAGUCUGCAAUAUUAGGGUUGGCGCGGUGUUACUGCCCAAAUCAGAAUUGUUCGGCUUUGAUUUUGGAUGAGUGCGGUGGGAAUGCGAAGCGAUCGAAGUGUCCAAAUUGCAAGAGGUUAUUUUGCUUUAAGUGCAAGCUUCCAUGGCACGCUGGGUUACGCUGUGGGGAACUUAGGCAUAGAAACGACGUAGCUUUUCGUGUGCUUGCUAAGCAUAAUAAUUGGAAGAGGUGUCCUCAGUGUCGCUACUUCGUUGAACGUAUUCAAGGUUGCAACUUUGUCCGUUGCAGGUGUGAUGCCUAUUUCUGCUACAACUGUGGAAGACGAGCUAAUGGGCACUCGUGUGAUUAUUGUAAUUCUAGGUGUGGUGCCCUUUCUUGCUACAACUGCAACAGACGAGUUAAUGGAUACUCGUGUGAUUGUGUUUAUCGGUUCUUCAAAAUUACCAUAUGUUUUCUGGUUGCUUUUGUUAUUAUCCUACUUCUCUUUUUCCCCUUGUAGAAGGUUUAAAAACUAGACUUGUGUAUACAUUUAUUACUUUGAGGUUCAGUGAUAAAUAUUAGAAUUGUGUAUACAUUUAUGCUCGUUGUGUGCACUUGAGGCAGAGAAAACAGCAUGAACAAGAAAAUUAGAAACCACAAGGAAGUUUGUACAGAUGGAACCUACUAUAAACUCUGCUAAUGUUCCAGCUGCUUUAUUUUA